AUGGCAUAUGUGGGUCUAAUCUACAAUAUCUUCCUCACUGCAUUGGAGAUGAACUUAGACAGUAUCCUACAAGCACGAAGGAAGGCAACAAGCAUCGCUAUUGCAGGCAUUUUCGUUCCAAUGGCAUUGGGGGCUAUGAUAUAUCAUUAUUACUCUCAAAAUUUCCCCACAAAAUCUCAUCCUGAAUUGGCACUUUUCAACACACCUAUGGCUUAUUUAAUAUGCUCUUUAGCACUUAGUGUCACAAGUUUUCCUGUACUUGCUCAAAUCCUUUCAGAUCUCAAGAUCGUCUAUACACAGCUUGGUAGAGUGGCCUUAAAAGCAGCCACAAUUAGUGACUUUUAUAAUUGGGUUAUGUUUGUUUUGUUGAUUCCAUAUGCCAUUCACAGUGAAAGAGCCACACUGUCUAUUCUUAGCACCCUUGUUUUUGGCCUUUUUUGUUACUUUGCGUUACGCCCUUUACUUGACAAGUUAUUAGUAGAAAAAACCAAUCCGAAUGAGUGGGACAAUUACAAGUUGUCUUAUGUGAUCAUAGGUGUUUUCGCUUGUGCUGCUGUUACUGAAUUGCUUGGUACACACUCUCUUGUUGGGGCAUUGGGUUUUGGAUUGAUUUUUCCUCGUGGAAGAUUCACUGAAUUGUUGAUGGAGAAAUCAGAUGAUCUUGUCUCUGGGUAUCUUGCACCCUUGUUCUUUGCUGGCUGUGGCGUCAGAUUUGGCUUCAAAGGUUUAGCAUCAAAUUUGGUUCCUGUAAUAGUAACCGUGCUCUUGUUAUGCACCACAAAGAUUAUAAGCACUGUAAUAGCCACUCGUUUCUAUGGUAUGCCUUUCCGAGAUGGUGUGGCUCUUGGAGCACUUAUGAACACCAAAGGCUUCUUGCCACUUAUAAUCCUUAACUUAGCACAUGACAAGAAGAUUGUGAGUGUGGAAGGGUAUUCAACAAUGGUGUUAUCUUUUCUCUUCAUGACAUUAGCAGUGUCUCCUAUCAUAAACUAUAUAUACAAGCCAAUAAAGAGAUUUGAGCAAAAUAAGCAGAGGACUGUACAGAACUUGAAGGCAGGGGCAGCGACACGAGUUUUGGUUUGUUUCCACAACACACGCCAAGCCACAGGAAUGACAAGCAUCCUUGAAGCAUGCAAUGGCAUUAAUGUUUCCCCUUUAAAUGUGUUUGCUGUUCAACUUGUUGAGCUCAAAGGACGUGCCACUAACAUUCUCGCUGUACAUCAUGACCAGACAAGUUCCCACCAAUCACAAGAAGACUUUGAAAGCUUUGUUAAUGUUUUCACAGAAUAUGCAUCCUCACAUGAUCGCACUAGUGUGGAGACUCUCACUGCUGUGUCACCCUAUGGAACCAUUCAUAAGGACAUUUACAGUUUAGCAGAUGAUAAACAAGCAUCCUUAAUUCUCCUUCCAUUUCACAAACAAUCAAGUGCAGAAGGUACUCUAGAGAUAGUAAACAUUACAUUCAAAGAGAUAAACCAAAGUGUUGUGCAAGAUGCACCUUGUUCUUUGGGAAUCUUUGUUGAUCGUGGUCUUGGGUUACCUUCCAAGAUCAAUUGGAGUGUUGCUAUGAUUUUCAUUGGUGGGCCUGAUGAUCGUGAAGCCUUAGCUAUUGCUUGGAGAAUGUCAAGACAUCCUAGGAUCCAACUUUCCAUGGUGCGUGUUCUUUUGUUUGGAAAGGCUGCAGAAGCAGAUACAUCAGCACGAAGUGAAUCUCGUGGCCUAUUUUCUACAGUAAUAGAUAAUGAUCAGCAAAAAGAGUUGGAUGAAGAUUAUGUAAAUUUGUUUAGGCUUAUGGCAGUGCAUAAUGAGGAUUCCAUAAGUUAUGCAGAGAAGGAAGUGCAUAGUGGUGAUGAUAUUCCUAAAGUCCUUACUGAAUUGGACCAAGGAGAUUAUGAUUUAUAUGUUUUAGGACAAGGAAAAGGAAGGAACUCUCAAGUCAUGUCACAAUUAUUGGAAUGGACAGAUUGUCCUGAACUUGGUGUUUUAGGGGACAUGUUGGCAUCAAAUAGCUUUGGUUCACGUUCUUCGUUACUUGUUGUGCAGCAAUAUGGGUUUGGGGGAAUGGGAAUUAGGUCUAAUAACACUCAGGCUUCCAACAUGGAGCUUUCAAAGGAUGAGGAUCUCGAGUCACCUUUUGUGAAGGCACAAUAG